GACAAGGUUCCUGCCGGUGAGGGGAAGUUUCCUGGCGGCGAGGACAAGGUUCUUGGCGGUGAGACCAAGGUUCCUGGCGGUGAGAACAAGGUUAAUGCCCGUGAGUACAAGGUUCUCGGCGUUGACGACAAGGUUCCUGGCGGCGAGGACAAG